CUGCGAAGUAUGUCCGGUCAUCGGACACUUUUAAGUUGCAAGUUUCGACAUAAGCUAGCCAGUGACGAUCUUGAUUUACGAAUCGAUCGACUAUAAAUGUCGUUAUCUUGCACUAACCAUAAUUUUCCCACUCUUGCACUAAUACAACCACCACGAUGCUCGGGGGAAGUCUGCGUCGUCAAUUUGUCUGUCGAAGUCGAGCGUCGAUCGGUCGCUCGUUUUCUAGUACUCCCGCCGUCAGAGCAGAUUUCACUCAUGUUGUUGUUGGUGGCGGCGUGAUCGGCCUCGCCGUGUCCCAGCGUCUCGCGGCCAGCCAUCCCGACAGCACGACGCUGCUCCUGGAGAGGCACGGCCAGGUCGGCACCGAGACCUCCAGCCGCAACAGCGAGGUCAUCCACGCAGGCCUGUACUACGGCGCCGGGUCGCUGAAGACCAAGCUCUGCGUCCGCGGCAAGGAGCAACUCUACGAUUUCUGCGAGAGGCACGCCGUGCCCCACCGCCGCACGGGCAAGUGGAUCGUCGCGCAGACGGACGGCGAGCGCGAGGCGCUGGAGAAGCUGCAUCUGUUCGCGAGGGACGAGAUUCAUGUCCCCACGCGCUGGGUGGGCGAGGACGAGGCCAGGAGGGAGGACCCCGAGGUCACGGCCAAGACGGGCAUUUUGGAGAGCGUCACGUCGGGUAUCGUGGAUUCACACUCCUUGAUGCUGACACUGCAUGGGUUGUUCGAAGACCAAGGUGGAGUCACCGCCCUCAACUCGACACUGUCUGCCAUCGAGCCUCUCGGUGGCGGCGGCGGUGACUUACCGGGCAGCGGGGGUUGGCGUAUCACGGUGAAAGAUACAGAGACGGGCGAGGAGAGCAGCAUCGAAACCGAGACGCUAAUUAACUGUGCUGGACUGGGUGCGGCCGAUGUGCACAACAUGAUCGCGCCGCCAGAACGGCGCAUGAAGCUAUACUAUGCAAAGGGAAACUACUUUUCCUACGCCUCCUCGCAUCCUAAGGUCAAACGCCUCAUUUAUCCCAUGACGAUGCCUGGCAUGGGCGGACUAGGCACACAUUUGACGCUUGACAUGGCUGGGCGAAUUCGGUUCGGACCUGACGUGGAAUGGGUGGACGACGCUUCAGAUCUCCAGGUCAACGAUGCAAGACUACCGCUUGCGAUUUCUGAAAUCCAUAGGUACCUCCCCGGAGUGGAUACGAGUGUACUGGCCGCAGACUACGCAGGCAUAAGACCGAAGUUGGGGAAAUCUGGUGCUGUGGGCCAAGGAAAGGGCUUUCUAGAUUUUUAUAUCAAGAAAGAGGAUGGGUAUGAAGGUUGGGUCAACUUGUUGGGAAUGGAGAGCCCGGGGUUGACGAGCUGCUUGGCCAUUGCCGACCUGGUUGAGGGAAUGAUGUAUGGAGGUCAAGAGGCUCAGUAGGACUAGAGUAUGUGGGAGAAGCAGAAGGUCGUUGAUUACUCUUUAGGGAGACGUAUAUCUCAAGGUGCAUGAGGGCUUAAUGAUUCGUAUGUGAAGAUAACAUACAUCUCUGUCAAUCGAGUCAAGCGGACCAGUGCGUCUGCUUGAUACUACAGGGGUUCUCUGUAAGCAACGGGAAAAUAUAUGGCCAAUUGAUGGCAUAUUUACUGGGACGUCGUGUCAGUAUAUGGCAUAUUUUUCUAUGGCUGGUGAAGAUGUAACUAAACAAGCGAGACAAACAUUCACAGUUGUAAGGCUCGGGACAAACGGUCUCAGCCCGGCUCA